CAAUCACAUUUGCCCCCUUGUCCCUUAAUCCCUCAUUCCUAGCCUGUUUUCACAACUCUCUAUUUAUCCGCCCCGGUGUGUGUUGUUCUUACUGUUUGUUUUCCCUUGGCCUCCAGUAGGAAAUAAAGAACCAAACAAAUAAAGGAGUACACUUGAGCCAACAGAACAUGGCAACGCAAAUGGCGGCAGCAGCAGUAGUUCCAUCUUCUAUUGUCUCCACAUCCACAACCCCCAAAAUCACACCAUCAACAUACACCUCUCUCCUCCUUUCCAAAGCCCAUCACCGUCGCCGCCUCGCGUUCAAUCCAAUCUUAAAACCCUCCCCACUCCGCCUCACGUUCCUCCCCAAUAAACUCAGAUCCACCCUCCCCCUCCGCCGCACCAAUGCCACCGCACCUCAAACUCCUCAAACUCGAUGCCUCUUCACCGGCAUCGUUGAAGAAUUGGGAACCGUCAAGCAACUCGGCAAGGCCCCACCCGGUGGCUUCGACAUGGUAAUUGCAGCCAAGACCGUUCUUGAGGGCGUUAACCUCGGCGAUAGCAUCGCCGUUAACGGAACCUGCCUCACCGUAACGGAGUUCGACGCCAACACGUUCACCGUUGGCUUGUCGCCGGAGACUCUCAGGAAGACCUCGCUGGAGGAGCUGCAGGGCGGGUCGCUGGUAAACCUGGAGCAGGCGUUGACCCCUACGAGCCGCAUGGGCGGGCACUUCGUCCAAGGUCACGUGGAUAGCACGGGUAUCAUACUCUCGAAGGUUCCUGAAGGUGAUUCGCUUUGGAUCAAGGUAAAGGCCGAGAAGGAGUUGCUGAAGUAUGUGGUGCCAAAAGGAUUUAUUGCAGUGGACGGGACGAGUUUGACGGUGGUGGAUGUGAAUGAUGGAGAAGGAUGGUUCAAUUUCAUGCUUGUGGCGUACACGCAGCAGAAGGUGGUUAUUCCAUUGAAGGAAGUUGGCCAGAAGGUGAACCUGGAGGCUGACAUUCUUGGGAAGCAAGUGGAGAGGCUACUUAGUGGAUACAUUAGCAUUAGGAGCUCUUGAUGCAACUCCUGAAAAGAACUGCUGCUCUACAUAAUUGCCUUGCCAAAAACAAUGUGGAGGGCACAUGCGACCAUCAAGUUUGUAUAUCCUACUGAUUCUGCUGAGGGUAAUAGUAAUUUGUUGCCGCUCAGAUUACCGAGCCAUGGUACACACUUGCGGUCAAGUUUACUGUUGUCUCUGCUCAUAGUAUCAUUGGGUUCUUGGUUGAUUAUCUCAUAUUUUACUCUGGAAUUUUUUUUUUUUUCAGAUUCAACUGUAUAAUUUGCAUUAUUUAUUGAUUGAGAUGCUGAGAGAUAAAAAUUCUUCAUGAUUAAACUUCAA